AGCGAGCUAACCUAGCAGCCUACCGCUUACACCUCCAACCAACCGCCCACCAAGUCAACUCAGGUUCCGCCGGGCCCCGGCCCGCGCGCCGCAGCCGUGGUGGCAGCCCCGGGAGGCGCACUGGCGUCCGUUUCCUUCGAUUCUCGGGAUCUGAAGAUGGCUGCACAGUCAGCGCCGAAAGUUGUGCUAAAAAGCACCACCAAGAUGUCUCUAAAUGAGCGCUUUACUAAUAUGCUGAAGAACAAACAGCCGAUGCCAGUGAAUAUUCGGGCUUCGAUGCAGCAACAACAGCAGCUAGCCAGUGCCAGAAACAGAAGACUGGCCCAGCAGAUGGAGAAUAGACCCUCUGUCCAGGCAGCAUUAAAACUUAAGCAGACUUUAUAUGCAAGUCCGGACAGUGGCUGUGGAAGGAUAUGUCCAAGCUGUGGCUGGGCGUCUGGAGGGCGAUGCCAUGCAACUAAGAGCUUAAAGCAGCGCCUGGGUAAGAGUAACAUCCAGGCACGGUUAGGCCGACCCAUAGGGACCCUGGCCCGGGGAGCAGUCGGAGGACGAGGCCUGCCCAUAAUCCAGAGAGGCUUACCCCGAGGAGGACUGCGUGGGGGACGUGCCACCAGAACCCUGCUUAGGGGCGGGAUGUCGCUCCGAGGUCAAAACCUGCUCCGAGGUGGACGAGCCGUAGCUCCCCGAAUGGGCUUAAGAAGAGGUGGUGUUCGAGGUCGUGGAGGUCCUGGGAGAGGGGGCCUAGGGCGUGGAGCUAUGGGUCGUGGCGGAAUCGGUGGUAGAGGUCGGGGUAUGAUAGGUCGGGGAAGAGGGGGCUUUGGAGGCCGAGGCCGAGGCCGUGGACGAGGGAGAGGUGCCCUCACUCGCCCUGCACUGACCAAGGAGCAGCUGGACAACCAGUUGGAUGCAUACAUGUCGAAAACAAAAGGACACCUGGAUGCCGAGUUGGAUGCCUACAUGGCACAGACAGAUCCAGAAACCAAUGAUUGAAACCUGCCCACCCUCCUGUGAGAGACUCUUGUUCAAAAGUCACCACAUCUGUAAAUGACCUUGAGAUAACAGAUGGAGAAGAAACCUGAUUGAUGCUGGAAGGACCUAUCACAAUGGGCUAUGGAUUUAACUCGCCACCAGUUUGUGCAUUUAGUGUGUUCCUUUUAGUUUUUUGAUACUGUGUUGUAUGAAACCCUUUUUUCCUCUGACUUGGGUUUUAUUUUGUUGUGUUUGGGGUCCCCCCCCCAAUCGCUCUGACUUCUCUUUGAACAUGAAUGUGGUGGUCUUGUGGCUAGAAACCCUCUUCCCACCUCUGCCUCCCUUCAUCUGUCAGAUGCUCUUGUGUUCCAACGUUUCCUCUUAUCAUCUCUUUGUCCCCACGAGAAAAGCCCCAGAAAGAACCCAUCAGUGUUCCUUCCUGAUGCCUGGGUUUCUGAGACAUGGUUCUGUUCUACAUGAUCUUUAAUAUAAAGCCUCUUAGAAGUGUUUAGAAAAUGUGGAGCUCAAAUUCUGCCACAUUGAUACAUUAGUGUAGUAAAUUAGGGACACUGACGUAGCCACAGGGCCACAUAACAGGUUACACGUGGUAACACCUCUGAUUUGAUUAAAGUUACUUCUGUGUACAUUGACACCA